AUGCCUUUAGGAAUCAACAAUCCGCUUCCUUCGUCUAUGGCGUCGGAAUGCAAAAAAUGCGGAAAGAUCCUGACUUCCUUCGUCGAUCCACGACAAUCUUUUGGCCCAGAUAAGAUUAUUCCACCACAUGUUCUCGCGCAAGCUAAGGGUCUCGCGAUCGUUACUGUCCUCAAAGCCGGAUUCCUCGGUUCCGGUCGUUACGGCAAUGGUGUUGUAGUGGCUCGUCUCUCUGAUGGUUCAUGGUCGGCUCCCUCAGCAAUCGGAAUCGGCGGCGGCGGAUUUGGAGGACAAAUUGGUUUUGAACUUACGGAUUUCGUCUUCAUUCUUAAUGAUGCCGCAGCCGUGCGCAGUUUCUCUCAAGCUGGUUCGCUCACUCUAGGUGGAAAUGUUAGUAUAGCAGCUGGACCAAUAGGACGAAAUGCCGAGGCGGCCGGAGCUGCCAGUCUGAAGGGUGUAGCUGGUAUUUUCAGUUAUAGCAAGACGAAGGGACUUUUCGCCGGUGUCAGUAUCGAAGGAAGUGCAAUUAUCGAGCGAAGGGAUGCAAAUGAGAAAUUAUACGGAAGGAGAUUCACGGCUGCGGAGUUACUAGGAGGAGCGGUUCGGGCACCGCCAGCAGCACAACCUCUUAUGACUGUGUUAAAUUCCAGAAUUUUCGCGGGCCAAAGUCUUGAUAGUGGGACUUAUAAUGAUGCACCUGUUUAUGACGAACAACACGAUGAUGUGGUAUGGGAAGGUAGAAGAGGAAGUGCAUAUGGAGAGGGUACACGAAGAGAUCGAGGCGCAAGUGUAGGAAACGAUAGUGAUUAUGUGGAUAACGUUCGUCCCAAACGAGCAAAUACUUGGGCCGAUGAUAUUUACGACAGACCUCCUACCAAUGCAAGCAGAGCAAGGUCUGGAAGCGCAUUUGAUGACGAUUAUGUGUACACGGAUUCUCGUACGCCCUCGAGUCAAUUUGGUACGAGUGGGAGUGGGAAAGUAGGUCCCGGUAGACCAGCGGCUCCGAAACCAAAGUUUCAACCAAAGAUGGCUGGUUUGAGGGGUAAUGAGGCGGUUGCGCAGUUCACUUUUGAUGCGGAUCAACCGGGAGAUUUAGGAUUCAAAAAGGGUGAUGUUAUAACGGUGACUAAGAAGACAGAGAGUGAUGAGGAUUGGUGGACUGGUACUAUCAACGGACGAUCGGGCAUCUUUCCUUCGAAUUAUGUUAAAAUGAGAGAGUAA